AACCCUUGGAACUUCUGGAUACCAUUGGAGUUGAAGGACCGCAUUUUGUGCACAUAUAAGACUGGGACUUGGUUGGCGAAAUGAGAGCAAGGAUUGAAGACGGUGUCGUGUAUUCGCCGUUUCCCGCGGUCGAUAUACCAUGCUGUUCAUUUUACGAUGCUGCAAAACAGGCGCUCCUGGAUCAGCCUGAAAAGCUAGCGUUAGCGGAUGGUUCCGUCGCCGUGACCCGGGGAGAACUCUUCGUCCUAAUGCAACGCUAUGCAGCGGGCUUCCAAAAGCAUGGCGUACAGCCUGGAGACCGAGUAUGCGUGCACCUCGCGAACAGUGUGAACAACUUUGCGGCCAUGUGGGGAUGCGUCUUCGCUGGAGCAAGUGUCACGCUUGCGAGAGCAUCUCUCGCCGCACGCGAACUGCACUACCAACUGGCAGACAGCGACAGCACUCACAUUCUCACGGAGGACGCUUUCACUGAAAAAGUACUGAAGGCGGCAACUUCAGUAAAGCUGAAGGGAUUCUUUACUACGGGUGUCGCGGGAGGGUUUGUAUCAACGGCCACAUUUCCCGAGCUCGAAGAGGCUUUGUUUCGUGAGGUUCCCGUCGAAGAUCCAAGAAACUGCGUGCUCGUUAUCUGCUACACAUCCGGCACCACAGGUCUGCCCAAAGGCGUGGUCGCCACCCAUUACGCCGUCGUCGCAAAUAUGGCGACUGCAGGGCCCUGCUUACCCUGGGGCGCCAGCGACGUGGUUCUUAAUGCGGCGCCUAUAACACAUGGCUCUGGCUUCAACUGCAUCACUUUCGGAGUGCUACUGGGCGCCACCACCGUUAUGGCAACACCCGGCGCCACUUUGACACGCAUCGACCAGCUCGUCAGUCAGUACAAGGUGACCGCCAUUAGUGUUCCACCGGCACACUUACGGGCGGUUCUAGCCGAGAUGAAGAGCUCGGGAAACCCGCUCAAGGGAGUCCGCCGCAUCAGCAUCGGAGGCGGCGUGUUUCCAGAAGCCUACAAGGAAGCGCAAAGCGCGUUUGUCGACUUUGAGUGUCUGACGAACGCAUACGCUAUGAGUGAGUCUAUGGGGAUCGUAUGCUCACCUUCCAUUCACGCGGUCACUGGCAUAGACGUUGGAUUCCCAGCUCCAUCGUCGGAAAUCAAGGUUGUCGAUAUACUGACGCGAAAGAAGCUUGGACCGAACCAGGUUGGAGAGAUUUGCUUUCGCACUCCAACGGUAAUGAAGGAAUACUACAAGAGGCCAAAAGAGACGGCCGAGGUCUUCGAUCAAGAAGGCUGGUGCAAGUCAGGAGAUGCCGGUUACUACGACGAAUAUGGCAGGGUGUACAUUGUACAGCGGCUGAAGGAAAUGAUCAAGUGCAUGGACACUCAGGUGGUGCCCGCUGAACUAGAGGAGCUGCUCUAUGAAGAGCACUCGGAGUACAUCUCCGAGGUUGUCGUAGUGGGUCUGCCACAUCCUGAAUACGGACAGGCACCGGCUGCGGUAGUAGUGCUCAAGCAGCCAAGUACCAACGAACAUCAGGCUCAUGACAUUGCCCAGAAGAUCAAAGCAACGAUUUCAGAUAACUUGGCUGUGAACAAGCGCCUUUACGGAGGCGUGUUUUUCAUGGAGACACUGCCGAAGACUGGAACGGGAAAAGUCAAGCGAAGUUGCCUGGUCGAAGAGUGCGCCCGUACAAUGGUGCCUUGAAGUUAUUGCAUCGUAAGCCUAAGGGCGGCGCAAU